CCGUCUUCGUCCCUUCUCUCUGUCUCUGUCUGUCUGUCUGUCUGUCUCUCUCUCUCUCUCUCUCCGUUUGAAAACAAAUACGGAAUUACUCUUUCUCUCUCUUCGUCUCUCGGUUUCUCUCACCCCGAGACACCGUAGACCUGGUUUUCUCCAAAAACAACCCGAAAACCAGGUCGAAGAAGGAUCUCAUUGCUGCAGAUAUACACGUAUAUACGUACACACACAACAUCUACACGCAAAUAUUUUCAGCUUUUGAUUCUACCUCUCUCUCCAGCUUCUGCAACCAUGAACGACCUCUUAUCGGGUUCUUUUGAGAUCCCUCGAGGGCAGCCUACUGGUGGAGAUCUUGAAAUGGGAACACAACGUCCAAUGAAUUCAGGAGAACUGGGCCUAGAUAACUUCUUUAAGCAGGUUCAAGAGAUUGAGAAACAAUACGAGAAGCUGAAUAAGCUACUCAAAAAGCUCCAGGAUGCCCAUGAGGAAUCAAAGGCUGUAACCAAAGCUGCUGCCAUGAAAGCAAUCAAGCAGAGAAUGGAGAAAGACGUUGAUGAAGUUGGAAAAGUUGCCCGUUCUAUUAAAUCAAAGAUAGAGGAGCUUGACAGAGAAAAUUUAGCCAACAGGCAGAAGCCUGGAUGUGGAAAAGGAUCAGGUGUUGACCGAUCGAGAACAGCGACAACAGUUGCCUUGAAAAAGAAGUUUAAAGACAAAAUGUCUGAAUUUCAGACUUUAAGGGAAAGCAUCCACCAAGAGUAUCGAGAGGUUGUUGAAAGGCGAGUUUAUACAGUAACGGGCACCAGAGCCGAUGAAGAGACAAUUGAUCACUUAAUAGAGACAGGGGAUAGCGAACAGAUUUUCCAGAAAGCAAUCAGGGAACAAGGACGAGGCCAGAUAAUGGACACCCUAGCAGAAAUACAAGAACGCCACGAUGCAGUUAGAGAGGUUGAGAGGAAGCUUCUUGAGUUGCAGCAGAUAUUUAUGGACAUGGCGGUGCUGGUGGAUGCACAGGGGGACUUGCUCGACAACAUAGAAUCACAGGUAUCAAGUGCAGUUGACCAUGUCCAAUCUGGGAAUACUGCUCUGCAGAAUGCGAAAAAAUUACAAAGGAACUCAAGGAAAUGGAUGUGCAUUGCUAUUCUCAUCCUUCUUAUCAUCAUUGCCAUCGUUGUCGUGGGCGUGAUCAAGCCAUGGCAGAGCAACAAGGGUGCCUAAACUGCUGUACAACCUUACUGUAUGAUAAUACCGGAAAGAACCAACUUGGUCUGAAACAUAUUUUUUUUUUAGGUCUAUGCUUUGUAAAACUGGCUUCUGUUUCCAUUCCUUAUCACUUUGCUUGUGUUUGGUUUUUUUUCUUGUCAACAUACAUCCCAGGGUUCCUACAACAGAGUAUCCCCUAUUCUUAUGGGCUAUUUCAAACAAGUAAUUAUAUUUAUUUAUUCUUCUUCUUUGUA